AUGACUUUUCCCUACAAGCAUGUUCUCCUUAUCGGAGCCACCUCUGGCAUUGGAUAUGCCAUGGCGAAUAAAAUGCUUGAACAAAACAUUCAAGUGACUGCUGUGGGCCGCCGCAAGGAACGCUUGGACGCGUGGGUGCAGGAAAGUGGCAGCGAAAAAGCCCAUGGCAAGGUCUUUGACAUCAGCAAUCUUGAUGCCAUUCCUCAAUUUGUGGCGGAGGUAGCCAGCCAGUUCCCCGAUAUCGACUGCGUCUUCAUAAAUGCUGGCUUCCAGCUUCAGAGCGAUUUUUCGUCCCCGCAGACCAUUGACCUGGCUGCUUAUCAUCAGAUAAUGCAUGUCAACUACACCGCUGCUGUGACUCUGGCCACAGCCUUUCUCCCAUUUCUAUCAGGGAAGGCAACACCGACAAGUCUGGUCUUUACGGAAUCUAAUCUCGCGAUUGUACCCGCGUUUAUCAUGCCCGGUUAUUGCGCAUCCAAGGCGGCUUUGAACACAUUCGCCAUGUGUCUCCGAGUUCAAUUGCGAGAGGCCAAGUCCAAUGUCAAUGUGAUUGAAGUCUUUCCUCCGGCUGUUCAAACGGAGCUCCAUGACUACAUGGGAGCCGAAAAGGGCCGCCAAAUGGGAAUGCCCCUGGGAGAAUUCACGGAAAAAGCCUGGCAGGGACUAGCCAGUGGUGAUGAUGAGGUCUAUGUCGGGUGCGUUGGGCCGGAGGACCGCUUCUUCAGCAUCGCUCGGCAACGCCGUUCUGCUUGCGAGGACUUUGCUCAGAUGAUGCGAAACAGACACUAG